GGAGGUAGCACUGCGGGGCUGAGCUGCUGCCACACUCUCUCUCACACACUUGUUAUUCCUAUCAACUUUUUCCCUUCUUUUUUUUCUUCCCUGCUAUCACUUAUCUUGCCUCCAGGGGAUUUCAUUCCGCUCCUCUUCCCAAUAAAGAGAGAAGGAGGGAGAGAGCACAAUACACACAGUCCAGUAAUGAUGGAGAGCUGCACCUGACCUGAUCGGUGGGAAAACUACACACACUGAGCAAAGGAAUCCAGAUGUGAAUGGAAAUACGGGGGAUUUUUUACUCUGUGUACAGGACAAGAAGACAGACAGGAUACAGCUUUUUUUCUGGAUCUCUGGACUAAAUUAACAGAGACUGCCAGGUCAUCGGGACUUUAAUAUAUACAUCCUCAGAAUAUAAAAAUGAACUUCACAUACUGGAGAAGCUAGGAAACGUCUGGAGGAGUAGGGGGAUUUUGCAGCCCCCAAAAGACUUCCUCAACCAAGGGACCUCUGUGCAUGGCUGAAUGAGAGCAACACUGCUGGAUUAUUUCUAGGUGUUUUAGGAGCAGGAUAGGGGCCCUAUCAGUAUGUAUAUAAUAGGAAGCAAGAGUAAUGGGGUGAAAGUCAGGGCAGAGUGCCAGCUCUUCAGCACUUUCUCUCUGCAGCUGAUGCUGCUGUUGUUCUGCUCAGAUUGCUGCUGUAGGGCUCAGGUGUAUAACCUCAGUUUGGCUGUUGAUGAGGGGCUGCCCCCUGGUACUUUGGUGGGGGAUAUCCGUGCAGGCCUACCCGAGGGAAGCCCAGGAGAAGGUUUUUUCCUGUCAGAGGAAGAUGGAGAGUCCCUUGUUCUAAGGGACUUCCAGGUGGACUCAGAGACUGGCAUUGUAAGUACAUUACAGGUUCUGGAUAGGGAAAGAAGGGAACAUUACAGCUUUGUGGCAGCUACACUGCAAGGGGAGGUGGUACAGGUGGACAUCCUUGUUAGGGAUGUAAAUGAUCACUCCCCAACUUUUCCUGUACACUCCUUGCAGUUGCAGGUCUCUGAACUCACUCCACCUGGUACCUCUUUCAGACUGCCUGCAGCCUGGGACCCUGACAUUGGGGAACAUGGACUAAAGGGUUAUGCUUUACUAAGGGGCAGCCAGGAGGCACCUUUCAUUAUCAGGUAUGGACAUGGAAAGCAAGGUUCAGGGGUUGAAGAGGAUUUGCCUACCUGGGGACAAACUGUAAAAAUUAGUGAUAAAGUGCACGGUGAUAGGGCCAGAGUGAGCAGAAGUGUUUGGGAAGAGGCAGCAGAAGAGAAACAGUGGGGUGAAGGUAGAACCAGUACUUUGGGAGGUCUAAAAAGCAAACCAGAGGAAAUCCAAAAACCCACGGAAUAUAUUGAUCUUAGCGUGGGUGCAGGUAGAGGCCUUUUACAGGAAAUAGAUACUAAAAGACAAGACUAUGGCAUAGAUUCUUCUGCCCAUUGGCAGGACUAUGCUUCUGAACUACAUGUAGAUACGUUUGCCACUAAUGUUGCAGAACACAGGGAUAAAGAGGAUGUCAGAACCCACGAUAAGAGAAUGGUAGAAGGGGUUGGAGCUGACUCUACUCUUCAUCCUCUUGAUCUGGUAUUGAUACAAUGGUUAGACAGAGAAGAACUAGAUAAUUACCAGUUAGAGGUGGAAGCUUUUGAUGGGGGUAAUCCUAGAAGGACUGGAAGGCUAAUUGUUGACAUUGUUGUAAUGGAUGCUAAUGACAAUCCCCCGGUUUUUGACCAGCUUGAUUAUAAAGGAUGGGUAUGGGAGAAUGCCCCUAUAGGUACUUCUGUAUGUACUGUUCAUGCCACUGACCCAGAUUUGGGAAGUAAUGGGGAGGUAAGAUACAGUCUACGAUUUGGGGAGGGUUAUUUCACUGUAGAUGAGGAAAGUGGUGAGAUUAGUGUAAGCAGGCCCCUGGACAGAGAGCAAAUAUCUAUUCAUCAGCUUGUGGUGCAAGCUAGAGAUGGUGGUGACCAGCCUGAGGUUACAAGUAUCUUGCUAACAGUGAAGGUGCUAGAUGUUAAUGAUAACAGCCCAGGUAUACACAUCACACUAAUUACUGAAAGUGGUAGGCCUGAGGUUUCUGAGGGUGCUAGAACUGGGGAGUAUCUUGCUAGAAUAUUUGUGUCUGACCCUGACUUGGAGUCUGAAGAUGAAGUUUGGGUGGAAGGUGAUACAGAAAGAAGGUUGAUGCAGGAAAAUGCAGAAAAGAGGGAGGGAUGGCCAGAAGAAGAACCUAAAACACAAGGGGUGACAACAAAGAUGGUUGACGAGCAAGAAAAUGUGAUGCACCACUCAAUGCCAAAUUUAGGACCACUGAUCAAAAGGACAUUCGUGGAGCAACAGCGUGUGUCUGUCAGACUGGAGGGUGGGGAGGGCUCCUUUUCUCUUCAGCCUGCUGGACCCCAACUUUAUUUCUUAUGCGUCAAUGCACCCCUGGAUCGAGAACUUAAGGACAUGUAUGAGUUGCAAAUACUUGCUUGGGAUACAGGUUCCCCACCACUACAGAGUCACAAGACAUUGCUCCUAAGUGUCACAGAUUUGAAUGACCAGCCGCCAAUGUUCUUGCAGCCAGAAGGCUACCAGGCUACUAUAUCUGAAGCUACAUCAAUUGGAACUGCUGUAUUAAUGCUCAAAGCCCAGGACUUGGAUGAAGAUGGCCCAAAUUCAAGGGUAACUUACUCUCUCCAGGAGAGCCAAAAUUCAUCAUCUUUCAUCCUGGAACCAGGUACUGGAGUCCUGAGCAUUGCACAAUUAUUGGAUCAUGAAUCUGCUCCUGUGUUGAAUCUAGUAGCAGUAGCAACAGACCAUGGUAGCCCUCCUCUCUCUUCCUCUUGUACCAUUACUAUAACUGUUGAAGAUACCAAUGACAAUGAUCCAAUCUUCUUGCAGCAGUUUUACAAUGUAUCCCUCCAAGAACAUACUGUUUUAGGCCAUUGCUUCCUUCAGGUUAAAGCCACUGAUGCAGACUCGGGUCCCUUUGGCCAAAUUCACUAUUCUGUUUAUGAUGGAUUUCACAAUACGAAGGAAUCACAAAGCUUUCGGAUUGAUCCAGAUUCUGGGCGUAUCUGUGUAUCCAAUGAUAUAGACAAGGAAAGCGGGCCAACCAGUUAUGAUCUUCUUGUCAAAGCAGAAGAUGAGGGUGGGCUAAGUGCCCAAGCCUUUGUUCGAGUUGACAUUGAAGACAUAAAUGAUAAUGCCCCCGUGUUUGAGCCUUCUACAUAUGUGACAAGCAUCAGCAGCCAUACUCAACCAGGAACAGAGAUCCUUAAUGUCAUGGCUAUAGACAGAGAUGAAGGAUUGUUCGGUGAUGUGACGUAUGAACUUCUAUCAGGAGAACACUCGUCUUUGUUUACCAUUGACUCAUCUACAGGAAUUAUCUAUUUGAUCUCUGUGCUUAGUCACUUGGAAGAUUCCUGGGUGUCCUUGUCUGUGGCUGCUCGGGACAAGGGUGGUCUUACGUCUGCUGUCAAUGCUACUGUCACCAUGAACAUCCUGAAAACUGCCACAGCUCCUGCAAUAUUUGAAAAGUCUCGAUACACAUUUGUGAUUGCAGAAGAUGUUCCAAAAGGUAGUGCUGUUGGUACAGUCAAAGCUAGAGAACCUUUAAAUUCAUUGGAGCCAGUUUCAUACAGAAUUAUAUCUGGGAAUGUCCAUCAGAUGUUUACUAUCCACACUCAGUUUGGUAUCAUCAGAACACAAAAGGAGCUGGAUUUUGAGUCUCUGCCUCUGGUGGUGCUCACCGUUCAGUCACAAUUGGGCAGCUCUUCUGUGUUCAGCAGUACUCAAGUCAAUGUUACCAUAACAGAUGCUAACGACAACCCACCAGUAUUUUCCUCUGAGAAUGAAAGGAUAAGCGUACACCAAAAUACCUCACCUGGAACUGCUAUAUACAUUGCUCAGGCAACAGACCUCGAUAGUGGAUUCAAUGGUCAGAUCUCAUACAGUAUUGCAAGUGAAAACCAAGACCUGUUUAUUAUUGACUCUACCUUUGGUGUUUUGUACCUGAAUGCUACAUUAUCAUCUGUCAGAGAACAUGUUCUUCUUGUAUUAGCUGAGGAUUAUGGUCACCCUGUCCUCAGUUCUCUUCUUACACUGACCAUUAUUGUAGAGCAAAACAAACAAUCAAAUACUUUGUCCUUUUUUAACCUGGUGCAUCGGACAGAAAUAAGUGAAACCCUUCCGAUUAAUUCCCAUAUCUUGCAAGUGAAAGCCUAUACUCGUAACACACAAAGUACAUCAUCUGAAAUAAUGUAUUCUUUAAGCCCAACUAUUGAUUCAGCUCCAUUUAGGAUCCACCAGAGCACCGGAUGGAUCUUUUUGCGCAGGUCUGUCGACUAUGAAAAGUCUAAAACCCACAAUCUUAAAGUGGUAGCAACAAGUGGUGACCGUGAAGACCAACAAACUGCGACAGCUUCCAUCAUUGUGAAAAUACUUGAUGAAAACGAUAAUUCUCCUUCUUUUGAUCAUGCAACACAUUUUUUCACUGUCAAUGAAAGCCCGGUCCCCCAUGGUGUGAUAGGCUCAAUUCAAGCAUUUGACAGAGAUUCUGGGAAUAAUGGACAGCUAUCAUAUUUCCUCUUGUCUGAGGGAAACAAUUUCCUUAUUAGUUCUAAGACAGGUGAAAUUAUAAAUUGUGCUUCAUUAGACCACGAGCGGAAAGCUCACCAUGAGCUCAACGUAUUAGUGACUGACAAUGGCACACCACGCCGCAAUGCCACAACCACGGUCUACAUUAUAGUAGCUGAUUUAAAUGACAAUAAGCCUUAUUUUCCUCAGUUAGCUUCGGGAAAACAACUUCAUGUCAAGGUCAUGGAAGGCCAAGCAGAACCUAUGCUGGUGGCAACAGUAUAUGCAAAGGAUCCAGACGCUGGGAAUAAUGGAACAGUUGUGUACUUCUUUGCUUCAGAUGAAAGUUUUGGUCAAUUUGUUAUAAAUGCCAGUACUGGUGAAAUAUGGACAACCAAAGCUCUUUCUGCAAAGCUAAGGCCACAAUAUGGACUAACAGUAACAGCAAGUGACCAAGGCACCCCUCCGCUUGUUGAACACACAGUUGUUAAUAUUGAGGUUAUUUCUGCAUUUAAAGAGAAAACUAAGACUGUUUCCAAAAUAAAGACAAUGAAAGUUCCUGAAAACACCUACCCUACCCAAAAAAUUGGAUCAGUAAUUUCACACGAGGAAGCAUUUUUAUUGAGCAGUAAAAUGCAUUACAGACUUGCUAAUGAGGAAAACAAGGGGCAUUUUGUAGUUGACAGUUUGACUGGAGAUGUAUAUGUUUCUAGACAUCUAGAUUUUGAAACAAUCUCAUACUAUGGAUUAAGCAUUGACAUACAAGAAAUUGAUAAGAUAUCUCCUCCCAAUCUUUCUGUUUUCCUUACCAUUUACAUAGAAGACACAAAUGACCAUCGACCAUUGUUCCCUGAUCACAUUAUAGUUUUAGGAGUUGAUGAAGAUGUACCUGUUGGAACUCUUUUAUAUACCUUUAAAGCUAAUGACAAAGAUGGCAGUUUAGAGAAUAGCAAGAUAAGGUAUUCCUUAAACACUCACGGAACUGGAGAGAAUCCAUUUUUUAUCCAUGAAUGGGAAGGUGCCUUGACCACCGCCAAUGAACUGGACCGAGAGAUGGCGGAGUCAUUUGUUCUUACAGUAACAGCAACUGAUCAAGCUGCCAACAUAUCACAUCGCCGAUGUACCUCAGUAAUUGUUAGGAUUGUUAUACAGGAUAUCAAUGACAAUCCUCCACAAGUUUUAUCAUUGCCGGUUGCUUCAGUUAUGGAAGAUGCACAAAUUGGCUCUCUUGUUCAUCGUAUUGUAGCUAAGGAUCCAGAUGAGGGAAGAAAUGGGAAAAUAGGAUUUCACAUUAAGGAGGGGAAUGCUCAGCAAGUCUUCCUUUUGGAUGAAACCACAGGAUGGCUGACCUUACACUCUGAAAUAGACCGUGAAGUUCAAGACCAUUAUAUUUUGACCAUCUUAGCUUUGGAUGAUGGAAUCCCAUCUCUUUCUGUGACACAGACAUUAACAAUCAGUCUUAUUGAUGUCAACAAUAAGACUCCAACAUUUACGCAAGGUCUAUAUGAGGCUGCAGUUCCAGAAAAUCAAGAUCCUGGACUAUAUGUCAUAAAAGUGGCUGCUGUGGACUAUGAUUUGGGAAACAAUUCCGUUCUCACAUAUGAGAUUUUGCCAGGACCAGCAUAUGGACAUUUCCGAAUAAAUCCAGAAACUGGGGAGCUAGUAACGACAACUGUUUUUGAUAGAGAACAACAGGAUCGUUUUAUCAUUGAAGUGCUUGUGAAAGACGGUGGAUCCCCUCCACUUUCCAGUACAACAGCCAUUCUGUGCUCCAUAUUAGAUGAAAACGAUCAUACCCCAGAGGUUUUAUUUCCUGAUGUCGAGAUUCGGGUCCCCGAGAACCAAGAUCUGGGAAUUAUUCACACAGUCCUGGCUGCUGACAAAGAUGCAGGAAACAAUGGGCGCCUUCAUUUCCAAAUAACUGAUGGAAACAUGGGCGGAUACUUUGCCAUUAAUAAUACCUCAGGACAACUAUGGGCCACCCGCACCUUAGAUAGAGAGGAUGUCAGCAGUUUUACCAUUACGGUGGAAUGCCAUGACCUGGGCACUCCUCAUAGAAGCACCAUUGCCAAGCUUCGCAUUACAGUCUUGGAUGAAAACGACAAUCCGCCUACGUUCCCUAAGAGCCAGUACCGCACAUUAGUCAGGGAGGAUUUAAAGAUUGGAUCUGCUGUUCUUAAACUUCAGGCUUCAGAUGCAGACGAAGGCUUAAACAAGGAAAUUAUAUAUUCGUUAAUUGAUGACACUCAGGGUGCUUUUACUGUAAACAGAACAACUGGAAAUAUUGUGACUAUAAGGACUUUGGAUAGAGAAGUCAAACACCAGUAUGUGUUUAGGGUUGUGGCAAGUGACUGCAGUUUGCAUAACCCAAAAAGUGCCACUGUGAAAGUUCUGGUGUAUAUAGAGGAUGUAAAUGACAAUAGUCCAGUUUUUACAGAAAAUCCCAUUCAUGUUCUUAUCUCCCCUAAAGUACUAGAGAACAAGACUAUAGCUAAUGUACACGCCAGUGAUGUGGACUUGGGUUUGAAUGGUACAGUGGUCUAUAAUUUGAUAAAGUCUAAUCCAUUCUUUUACAUUACUCAAGAAAAGGGUGAAGUAAAACUACAAAUGCCCCUCCCAGCCGAAUUCAGUAGUACAGUUCUCCAAGUACAAGCUUCAGAUCUGGGCAUCCCGCCAAACACGGUCACAGGUUUAGUGAUCAUUGAUAUCCAAGGCCUGGAUAAGGAAAUUGCCUUUGUGCACAACUUCUACGAAGCCAUCAUAUUGGAAAACAGUGAGGCAGGAACUUUAGUUGUGACUGUAAAAGCCCUCUAUCAUAAUCCAAAUGAUGAAAUAAUACACUACACAGUUUUCAGUGGAGACAAGAAAGGGGCUUUUAAUUUAAAUCCUAUAACAGGAGACCUCAUGGUAAAAGAACCCAGGCUCCUUGAUUUUGAAACUGUCAAUAAGUUCAACCUAAUCAUCUCCGCUGAAAGCAGUCAGUAUACCACGUACUGCAGAGUAACAGUUUUCAUCCAAGAUGACAAUGACAAUGCACCUGUUUUUGACCAACUGGAUUAUAUAUCAUUUGUAUCAGAAGGACAACCCUUCAAUACGUUUGUAAUACAGGUUUUUGCUGCAGAUGGAGACAGUGGAAUAAAUGGGCAGAUUGAUUAUUCUAUAAUAAGUGGUAAUGAAAACAAUGCGUUUGUACUCGAUUCAAGACAUGGCAUCCUUUCUACUAAUGUAAUUCUUGAUCGGGAAAUAAAAUCCUCCUACAGGUUGACUGUUCAGGCAACUGAUCGAGGUUCUCCCAGUUGCUCUUCAACAAGCGUAGUUACAGUAUUGAUUCUGGAUAUCAAUGACAAUGCGCCCACAAUUCCCCCUAUGAAUACUGUGUUGAUUGCAGAAGAUGCUGCUCCUGGAUACAGCAUUGGAAGUAUUUCUGCAAAUGAUGUGGACUUAAGGCCAGACUUGUCAUAUACUUUUACAGAAAAUGGAAAUCCUGGUUUGAAAUUUGCCAUUGAUAGAUAUUCUGGAAUUAUAACACUAACUGAGUCAUUGGAUUACGAAGAAUCAUCUCAGCACUGUCUAAGGAUCCAAGCCUCCGAUUCAGUAUAUCAUACAGAGGCAGAGCUUAUUAUUAAGGUUCUGGAUGUGAAUGACAAUCCUCCUGUAUUUACUCAGAAUAUAUAUAAGGUUGCAUUGCCUGAACUGACUGAAUCAAACACAUUUAUUACAACUGUAUCAGCUACAGACCAGGAUUCUGAGAUCUAUGGCCCCAUUACUUACAAGAUCAUUUCACCCUUAAAAGGAUUUGUUAUUAACACAACAAGUGGCUCGGUAUACACAGAUAUGCCUUUGGGAAAAGAGAAUAAAAGUACAGAGAUUCAAAUUUUGAUCGUGGCCAUGGAUAAUGGCAGCCCACCAUUAACUUCCACUGCAAUGCUUUCAGUUACUAUACUUGAUGUCAACAAUUAUGCCCCAACAUUUUCUGAAGACAUUUACUAUGUCAAUGUCAGUGAAGAUGCCUUAGUAGGGGAUACAGUUCUCACAUUAACAGCAAUGGAUUUGGAUUGGUCACCUAAAAAUGCACUCAUUGACUUUUCUAUUAUUGGUGGCAAUGCCCAUAACCUGUUCUAUUUGGAGAGCAGUGAAGUACUCUCCCAUAUUCCUUUUAUAGUAACUGGAAAACUUAUAAUAAAUCAGCCUUUGGAUUUUGAAGUUGCCUCUGCACAUAGGUUAGACAUAUUUGUGUCGAAUCAAGGGUUUCCUCCACUAAAUUCUAGUGCAACCAUUAUAAUAAAUAUCCUGGAUUCAAAUGACAACCCCCCGCUGUUCAGCAAUUCUGAAUACCAUGUAAGUGUGAGAGAGCACUAUCCAUUAAAAAGUACAAUAAUUAUCAUUUCAGCAACUGACUCUGAUACAGGAGAAAAUGCAGAUAUUACAUAUAGUAUUGUGUCUGGAAAUGAUGAAAAUGUUUUCACGAUUGAUGCACAAAAUGGUACUGUUACACUGGUGCAGCCUCUGGAUUAUGAAGAAACCAUGAAAUAUUCACUGACUUUACAAGCUAGGGAUGGGCAUGGAAGCAAAAGAAAUGUGGCGUUUGCCUUACUGUCCAUCACUGUACUGGAUGAGAAUGACUUUGCACCAAAGUUCCUUUUCCAGAGCCAAAGCUGCAAUAUCUAUGAAAACGUGCCAUUCUUUUCACCUGUAUGUUCAGUUAAUGCCAUUGACUUGGAUUCUGGACAGUAUGGUAUCCUGAGCUUCUCCAUUCAGUCAUCCUGCUUUAAUGACCAACAGCACCCAGCUACUUUUUUAAUUGAUUCAUUAACUGGAGAUAUUUAUACUAAGCACAGAAUUGAUUAUGAAAUGCAGGAAAGACACUGCCUUGUAGUGCAGGUGAAAGACAGAAGUGAGUCCUCUGCUUGUGUUUUAGUUUAUAUAGACAUUGAGGGAGAAGAUGAGUUUCAGCCAGUUUUUUAUCAAAACCAAUAUUUAUUUGACUUGCCAGAAGAGAACAUAGGAGGACAGGAAAUUGGCAAAGUAGGGGCCUUAGAUAAUGAUGAAGGACUUGAUGGAGUAGUGCAUUAUUUUCUUGAGAAACCGUCUCAGUUUUUUUCCAUUAAUAUGACAAGUGGGAUGAUAUACUUAACAAGGACUGUCCAUAAGAAAAGAAGUAAUACAAGGAAGAAUGAUGAAUUUAUUGAGUUCCAUGUAAAAGCGCAUAGUCCAAAAUUUGAUUCUAAGUCAGCAAUGUGUACUGUGAGAGUUAACAUUUCUUCAGCGCUUGAAGAUUACCCCGUUAUGUCGGCAAACAUACUUUCCAUCACUUUCAGCAUUUCUUUUGUGGUUUUCUUGCUUUUGGCUAUAAGUCUUAUUGGUAUUAUCCUGAGACAUAAGAAGAAAGAAGUUGUAAAUCCUUGUGGGAUUAAGGAUCUUGCCAUUCCAGCACCUGAUUCAAACGGAAAAGACUGCAAAAGUAAAGAAUGUCCAAAAUAUGAUCAUAUCAAAACUAGCAUUUCUCCAGAUACCCCUGAGUGGCUGGGUUUAGUUGAUAUAAGAGAAAAGAAAGAUACAGGGCCUAAAUGCAGGAAUUCAGACUCUAGUGGACAUGGCUCAACAGAAGGAGAAACUGCUGAAGAUGAAGAAAUCAAAAUGAUCAAUGAAUAUCCUAUUAGGAAAGAAUCUGGAUCCGUUCUGAGUGAUAGAGCCUCUCGGGUGCCAGACUCUGGAAUCCCUAGAGACUCUGAUUUGCUGUCUUGUGAGUCUGAUGAAACUGACCUGGUGUUGAGGACAGAAAGCACAGAGAGUAUAGUCAUUCUUAGACAUGGUAAAGAUGAAUGUAAUUCAAAUAAUAUUCAUGACAAGGAACUGCCACACACCAAUCACAGUCCUCUAAAAAAAAGUAAAGAUACGCCUUUGCAUAACAGGAUGGACUACAUAUUUGUUCCAACACCACAUGAAUCAAGAUAUGGGUCUCUUGCAUCACUGGUGGCAUCUGACGAGGAUCUAAGAGGAAGUUAUAAUUGGGACUAUUUGCUGAGCUGGGAACCAAGAUUUCAGGCUCUUUCUUCAGUGUUCUGCGAUAUUGGAAAGUUAAAGGAUGAGAAGAUGCACAGGCAUGGCUUACCAAAACAGAAAAAACCUUUUAUAUUUCCACCUCCUUUAAUUACAUCUGUAGCACAGCCAGGUAUAAGGGCUGUGCCCCCACGAAUGCCAACUAUAAUGUCUGGACAAACAUUUUUAAAAUACCCACGUUCUCCUUUUUUCACUAAUCUUGCAUGUCAGCCUUCACCCAUGAGCCCAACAUUUUCUCCUUCUCUAUCCAUGCUCACAGUACAUACUCCUUCAACCUCUCCUGUGCUGUCAGGUACUGGUGUUUCUGGAACUUCUAUGCCCAGCCUGUCAGAAGAACUAUUAAUACAACAAGAGUUUCAAGUGUAAACCUUAAGGAAUUUAUGGCCAAUUAGCACUUAUAUGGACCAAAUAAAGCAUAUCCUAUGUAACCCAUUCUGUUUGCUACAGAUAACAAGGAAAUAUUGACAUUCUGCUUGUAACACUGAAACUUUCUAAAUCAGACAGUAAGUCAAUGGAGUGUUAGGUCAACAAAAUGUUAUCUUAAGAAAAUGUCUCAAUCUUUUUUAUUCUUGUUGUAAUGAACUGCACACAUAUUCCUUCUCUCUUUGUACAUUUACUUUCCAAAUGUACAUAUAAGAAAAUGUUGACAGCAGUAAGCUCAUUUUUACAGAUUAAGACCUCAGCAUAUUCAUGUAUUAUAUUUAGGUUCAAAUUUAAUUUAGUAUACAACUUCCCAGUUUUUAUUAACUACUAAACUUCUAACUAUUUGAUUUCAUAUGGCUAUUUAUUGUCAAUAUUGUAUAGGUGCUGUAGGUUCUAAAAGUGCCUUCCUUAAAUAGCCAGAGAGAUUUCUCAUCAUGCUGCACUAUUGUUGCCAUAUGAAAUAUGCUAUAAAUUGUUGCCCAGAUGCACAUUAGGAACAGUCAAUAGACGAGCAUAUACUAUAACAGGAAUUUAAAUGUCAUAAACUAUUCAUAAUAAAUCAUCCUAUUCAUUUAUGAACUGCACAGAUGCCUUCCAGUUAAGUUUAGAACUGAGGAAAUCACCUUCCUUCCAGUAGGAAAGUGCCUAAGGAAGGCACUUUUCCAGUCAUAUUGUCCCAUACGGCACACCCAUACCUGGAAUACCUGAAUUCCUAUCUUGCUGUGCUUUUCUGCCUAUAACAACCCUCUUUGGCUGUGGGCCUGGCUCUCAGCUACUCAGGUGCCGCCAGGUCUUACUACAUAUGAAUUCAGUCCCCACAGGGAAAAGCAAGGGAGACAAACAUAUACUGCAGGGAUGGAGCUAGUAAGGAAAGAGCUGGACAUAGUCAGACAGGUCAGUACCAGAUAAAAGCCAUAGAAGUGUUCGACAAACCCAAAGUCAGGAACAAGCCAGGGUCAAAACCAGGAACCAACAUAGUGGACAGGACCAGGGAAGCAGGAAACAGCAAUGGGAAGCAGAGCACCUAGGAACAAGCAAGCUUGACCAAUAAUGGGCAAUUAAUGAGUUCAGAACUGUGGAUUUUUUAGGCAGAAUGAUGGAUAACACUAAGUACCUGUGGCCAGAUUGUCAGCAGCUGAAUAAGGCUUGCCAACUUAACCAGGCAGGGAUACCAAGGAUUGAUUUGCUCACAAAUAGCUCAAGAUGCUGUUGGUACUGGGCUAUAAAAAAGGAAAUAUUGAAAACCUAAUAAAAACCCUAUAUAUAGAGUUGGUUAUAUCUGGCCUCAUUUUUACAUGCCAUUCCAUUAAUAGGUGCAAAAUAAGGACACAUGUAUGGCCUAUAUCUAAAUAAAUAUUAUGAUUCUCAUAGCAAUUCUCUUUUACUAGGGCUGCACCAAACAUCAGUCCCUUAAAUCCUAUUGGCACCUUCCAUAUUCAGUGUUCUCUGAAAGAGGCCUGAGCUGCAAAAUUUCAUUUAUACCAAGGUUAGAACGGCCUAUGUAGUUGAAGCAUUGAACUCAUUAUUGUGAUCUGGUAAGAUGACAGCAACAGAAAGAACACUGUAGUCUCCAUUCACUAAAGCUGCAGUAAGUGUCCUUUCUGCCUUUGUUACUUCUAGAAUUACAAAUCUAUCUUGAGUGAGUGAGCAUGCACAUUAGCAUUUUUAAACAAAUGAAAAAAUAAAAAUGAAUAUCAAAUCAUUUCCAUGAUUUCACUUGUUUAAGCUUGAUGGAUCAAGAAGUUAUACAAUAUUAGCUGCCAAUAUCUCCCACAUCAUUACCCAAUAAAAAUAACUCCAGUCGCAUUGCAUGAAUGAAUGAAGAGAUAAAAUGACCUUACAUUUUAUUAACCCAAGAGUUAUUUCUUAUUGCUCUAAGUGAAAGGACAGGGCAAUCUGUAUUUUUGGAAGGUUAGAGAUGCAAAUAUAUAAAUAUAUGAAUCUUGUGAUUUCUACAAGUUGGGCAGAUGCUCAGCCAGCCCACUUAAACAUGACCUAACAGUAUCCUCAGGAUGGGUCAAAUUAAAGGCACCUAUUCAGGGAUUGUUAAUUAACAGUUACCCAUAACAACCAAUCAGGAAUCAGAUCAGACUUCUGCAGAUGGAAUCCUAAAAGCAAAUGAACCCACAAACUUUUGUUUCUAUGCUUUUCACAGUGCAGCUAAUUUAGAUUGUAUAUUAUUAUAUUUUAUAAAUUCUAUAUGUUUACAUAGUGAAACAAAACUGACAGACAAAAUUGUGGUUUAUUAGGACCAUAUCUAAUCCGUCUUUUGUCAUAGAAAUCUAGUUUCCUACAUACAGUUGUUUUCUAUUUUUCACAAGGGGAAUAGUACACUAUUUCUAAUGCCAUGUGCCAUAUUUGGUGCUUCAUUUAAUCCCUAGCUUUAUCAUUUCAAAACCAAAAGGAAACCAAACAAAGAGCAGUCGAGCCCUCUCCCAAAGUACAACUAUACUAUAUAAUGUUUGGUACCAAAUACUAUAGGCUGUAAAUGUUAUGUUUAUUGAAAUUUACUGAUAGUAUUGUUUUAUAUUUUAUACAUACAUUGCAUUCAACUUACAGAAUGAUAAAGUUAUUUAUGGAUUAUAUAAAUACUUUCUGUUUUGACAAAAUACUAUUUCAAGGCAAUUGUCCUAAUUCAGUGUUUUCAGUUCAACUUUCAUUUAAGCCAAAAUAAAGAAUUUGUAUAUAUCUUUUUUUUAUAAUAAUAUGCAAAAAAAAUAUACAAAGAAAUAAUGUUUAAGUCA